AUGAACUUACGAACCAUCAGUAUGUACGGAUUCCUCAUGCUUGGUGUGGCGGCGCUGCUGCUGUUUGCCCGACUGGUUCUCUAUCCUGUGGCUCUCUACUUCAUGGACCCCAAAGGCUUCCGGAGGUAUCCCAAUAUGAGUUUCCUCUCUGGAGUAAGCGACAUUCCCUUCAUGAUCGAAGCUGCACGGGGUUUCCGGUCCAAGCAUUUAGCGGAGCUCCAUAAGAAGUACCCAGUAAUUCGAAUUGGCCCUAACUCUUUAUCCUAUGGAGAUGUCCGUGCAAUUAAGGAUAUCUAUGGUCACACUACCAAGUGCAUCAAAGACGAUUUUUACUCACUGCUUGCGGGGAGUCACUUUCAUCUUGCGGAUGUCGUUGACAAAGGCGAACACCAACGGAAGCGGAAGGUUCUUUCAAGUGCUUAUGCCAUCAAAAACCUGGAGGGAUGGGAGUACAAAGUUGCAGACAAAAUCUUCAGGCUCGUUAAGCAGUUUGAUCAGCGAUGCCCAGCAGCAGGUCAAACUCCGGGAGAAGCGAACACGGUCGACUGGCGGGCUUGGACUAAUUUUUUCACAAUGGAUGCUAUUGUUGACAUUGGAUUAAGCGCUGCUUUAGGAUUCCUUGAUCAAGGAAAUGAUAUUACGAUUGCCGAGUCGCUUGACGGCACUACGCGGGAUGUGAGCUACCGCGACUGUCUGCACAGUCAAAUGACGGCUCAUUCUCAACUUGUUUGGUCCUAUAAAUGGUACAAAUUGUUUUGCAAGUGGAGUCGGCGUAUUCGGACACGCCAUGGCAGGCUUUUGUGCAAGGGUGACGGGUUUAACGGCAUUGUUGUCCACCAAACCCGCCAGCGACUCAAGAGGUAUCAAAGUGGGGAGAAAUUGGAAGACUUUUUCCAGGCCCUGAUGGAAUCGAAAGACGGAAUAGCCAAUCACCUUCCAUUUGGAGAAAUUGUGGCUGAGAUCUCUAUUAUGUUGAACGCUGGGUCCGUCUCCACUGCGAUCGCAAUCAACAACGCUAUGUACAUGUUGAUCAGGAACCCUGAUAAGCUCAGCAAACUCCGAGACGAGAUUGACGUAGUAGCAGAUGAGAGUGAGAUCGCUAUUUCUUAUGACAAAAUCAAGGAUCUCCCUUACCUCCGUGCUUGCUUGGAUGAAAGCAUGCGGAUUCUUCCCCCGACCACUUUUGGACUUCCUCGCAAGACCCCCCCGGAAGGCUGCGAGGUUUUUGGCCAGUGGAUUCCAGGAAAUACGACCGUUUCUAUGUCAUCCUAUGUCGCUCACCGAGACAAAUCCGUUUUCCCCGACCCGGAAGUUUUCCGGCCCGAACGGUGGCUGGGAGAUGAAGGCAAGAAGCUUCAGCCAUACUUCAUAACCUUUAGUGCUGGCGCUCGCGGUUGCAUUGGUCGCAACAUUAGCUACCUGGAACAAACCAUCAUUAUCGCUUCCGUUAUUUAUCGGUACGAGCUGGAGUUAGAGUCUCCGGCAUUUGACCAGCAUCGCUAUGAGCAUUUCAACUUGGUUCCCGGACCGCUACCCCUGAGAAUUCGGCGACGUCAACUAUAG